UGAAACCGCACAACUCUACACCGACACUUUCAGUGGCUUACACACUUAAUGGACGUUUGGGUUUGGGCCAAAACACUUUUAGCCUUUUUGUUUUAUACCGUGAUAGGAACUACGGGUUACGAAAACGAAUUUGCACACUUGCGUUUGCAACAAAUGAUCGCUUAUCCUUGUCAUUACGAAAUGUGGACCUACACGAUGACCGGAACACAGCGGGGAAAUGAUGACUGUGUCCGAUCCCAACAGAUCCGAUACACGAAUCUUCUUUUACUGAUAAUCAAUGUUGAUUGCCUCCCCUACAAUAAAACGCACAAAUUUCAAAUUAGACAGCUCGAGUACAAAACCGACUUGCGUUGCGUCCUCGGCAACGAUCGUUUCACGAUUAAUCAGCGCAGGGAGUGUUUCAACGAGGAUUUCUUUAACGAGACGGAAAUUGAUAAGUGUGGAGCUACAAAAAUGCGCGUACACAUUCUUACACUACUCACAGCAACACUUUACCUCUGAUACGAUCGCGCACUUCGAUUCCCUUCGUAUUAUAAGCUUGC